UCUUGGCCUCGUGCAUGGGGCGCCGUAGGCGGCCCCGCGGCCCCUCUUGGCCUCGCGCAUGGGGCACCGUAGACGGCCUCGCGGCCCUUCUUGGCCUCGCGCAUGGGGCGCCGUAGACGGCCUCGCGGCCCCUCUUGGCCUCGCACAUGGGCAUGGUGGGAGUGGCCCAAGGGCCUCGCGGAUCGGUGGCCUCGCGAGGCGGGAGGGCCUCGCGGAAUGGGAUGGCCCUCGCCCAUAUGAUGGCCUCGCGGAAUGGGACGGCCUUAUAUUUUCUCUUGAUGAGAUUAUGAGCAUCAACACUUGCCCCCCUAGUCUAGGAGAGGGCCUUUAGGUUCUCUUGUAGACUAUUCAUCUUGGUUCCUAUAAAUAGGCCAUCAUGCAUGGCUCAAUAUUUACAUCUUACCUCCUUGGCUUAGUGGUAGUUAAACCCUUGCUCCUUCCAAGAGGUAAAGGGUUCAAUCCCCCUCAGCCACACUUUCUCCAUAAUUUCAUCACUUUUCCAUUUUUUCAUCAUUUUUUUUUUACAUAUAAGCUAGUUUCUUGGUGUGUAUAUUUUAGGACUAACACACAUUUCUGGUUAAUUCUUGCAGACGCGCAUUUUCAACGCUUUGGUGCUUUUCGCCUCCCAACCUUCCUUGGACUCCGACUUCGUUCUUUUAAUCGCUUGAGAUAUGUCAAAAGCACGCAGACAGGUGUCCGUCCAGGAAGAGGACGACGCCCCCUACUGGCGUCCAGCCUAGUGUCCCACGUGUCUCCGAAUAAAUUGAAGGCAAUCAUGAAACAUUACCGAGCUCCUCCAGAAUACGCCCUGCACGUUCCUCAGGAGACUUGCCGGGCCGACCGCCCCAAACUGGGCUUUGUGGCUUUGAGCGAGCAGAUUCUGAAGGCGGGCGGCACCAUUCCUCUGCACCCGUUCUUUGUGGCGGUUCUCAACUAUUUUGAUUUGGCCCCUCUCCAACUGUCACCCAACAGUUGGUUGACUUUAAGUUGCCUCUUCAUUUGGUUUAAGGAUAAUGAGAAAUGCGCCCCGACGGCGCAGGAGGUGCAUUCCUUGUAUAACCUUAUAGCAUUGCCCAAGUCCAAGGGCUUCUACUAUCUGCAGAAGGCCAACAGUGAGCUCCCCUUAAUAGAGGGCUCGGUGUCCAAUACCGGGCCUUGGAAACAAGACUUUUUUUGGGUAGAGGGGCCUCUCUCGGUUCGUGAAAGCUUCCGCGCCAACCCUAGUAAGUAUCCUGGUCUUUCUUUUUUUUUUCUUACUAGAACUUACUGUUUUGCACUCUCUCUUGUACUAACAUCGACGUGGUUCUUGUAGGGCACUUUGCUGAUCCUUCGGUCAUUGGAUCUGAGGCGGAGGCCAUAGGCAAACUCAUUGCUGCAGAUUCCGCUGAGAAGAAGGCAACGGUCCUUUUUACGGUGGAAAAUCUCACCCGCCACCAAUUGUCCCCGGUCUCUAACUCCAAGUUCCUGUGGUCGAUCACCGGGUCUAAGAAGGUUGUGGCUACGCUGGCUGGGCCAUCACUACACGAGGGUGAGGCUGAGGUGGAGAUGGAGGAUGCCCCCCCGUCCCCCGGGGGGUGCCCUCUCUAUGGCCCACAUGACCAGGACAUGGCUUUUCCAUCUCUGGACCCGCAGGCCGCGGCGGGAUGUUACGUCCCUCCUGGCCUUGAUGGCACGGACGUUUUCCCCCAGGUCCCCCAUGACAUUGGCUACCAGACGCUG